AUGGGAGGCGGACCAGGCGAGGGCUACCGCAGCGUUGCGUACUUUGUGAACUGGGCCAUCUACGGCCGCAAGCAUCGCCCACAAGACCUGCCUGUAGAGAACCUCACUCACGUUCUCUACGCAUUCGCCAACGUCCGUCCCGAGUCGGGCGAGGUAUACUUGACCGACACAUGGGCCGACACGGACAUCCACUGGGAGGGUGACUCGUGGAACGACUCGGGGACAAACCUCUACGGCUGCCUCAAGCAGCUCAACCUCCUGAAGCGCCGCAACCGCAACCUCAAGAUCCUGCUGUCCAUCGGCGGCUGGACCUACUCGUCCAACUUCAAGGCCCCGGCCGCGACGGCCGCCGGCCGCGAGACCUUUGCCCGCACCUGCGUCGACCUCGUCAAGCACCUCGGCUUUGACGGCAUAGACAUAGACUGGGAAUACCCGCAAAACGACGACGAGGCGCGCGACCUCGUCGCCCUGCUGGCCGCCGUGCGCGGCGCCCUCGACGCCUACGCCGCCACGCUGCCGGCGCCGUACCACUUUGAGCUGUCGGUCGCCUGCCCGGCGGGCGCGCAGAACUACGAGCGCAUGCGCCUCGCCGAGAUGGACCCGCUGCUCGACUUUUGGAACCUCAUGGCCUACGACUACGCCGGGUCGUGGGACACCAGAGCCGGGCACCAAGCGAACCUGCGACCGUCGGGCGCGAACCCCGGCGCCACGCCCUUUAGCACCGUCGCCGCGCUCGAGGGGUACACGGCCAGCGGCGUCCCGGCCGACAAGAUCGUCCUGGGCAUGCCGCUCUACGGUCGGGCGUUUGAGAACACGGACGGGCCCGGGUGUGCGUACCAAGGCGUCGGCGAGGGCAGCUGGGAGCAGGGCGUGCUGGACUUCAAGGCCUUGCCGGGAGAGGGGGCGCAGGAGGUGGAAGAUGACGAAGUCGGGGCGAGCUGGUCGUGGGACGCGGGGCGGCGGAAGCUCGUCACGUACGACACGGUCGGUAUGGCGCGGAAAAAGGCACAGUUCGUGCGGGAUCGCGGGCUCGGCGGAGCCAUGUGGUGGGAGAGCAGUGCCGACAAGACAGGGCCUGACAGCUUGAUUGGAAACGUCGUUCAGGCGUUUGGAGGUCCGGGAGGUCUUCGGCGGCAGGAAAACUGUGUCACCCAGCCGCAUACGAAGUACGACAACCUGCGAGCCGGAUUUGAGUAG